AAAAAACAUGGCGGCUUCACAAAUGCGGGAUUGUGUAAACUCUUAGUUUAAAGUUAACAAAAAUGAAGGUUAAGGUCCUUUCAAGGAACCCAGCAGACUAUAUUCGAGAAAGAAGGACCGAUAUUCAUAAGAUCCAUCGCAAUUUUGAUCCUUCGUUGCAUCCAUUCGAAGCACCGCGCGAAUAUACACGGGCACUGAAUGCCAUCAAACUCGAACGCGUGUUUGCCAAACCGUUUGUUGGUUCGUUAGGCGGACACACAGACGGUGUAAAUUGCAUUGCUAGACAUCCAAGGAAUCUAUCUGUGUUGCUGUCUGGGUCUUGCGAUGGAGAGAUUCGCUUGUGGAGUUUGCCACGUAGAGAGUGCCUGAAGACAUUAACAGCACACACUGGUUUUGUGCGUGGUUUGUGUACCUCUCCCUCUGGAAAUACUUUUCUCUCUGUUGGGGAUGACAAAGUUAUAAAACAGUGGAGCAUGGAACAAAGCUUUGAUAUCAGCUUGGAGAAUUCACAGACUCCAAUCAACACCAUCAUUGGCAAGAAUCUCUACCAUGGUAUUGACUACAGCUGGAAGAGCAAUGACUUUGCAACGUGUGGAGAGCAAGUUGACAUUUGGAAUGAGAACAGAGCUGAUCCUAUUCGAAGCUUCAACUGGGGCGUGGACACUAUUCACAGCAUCAAGUUCAACCCCAUUGAGACACACCUUCUCGCUAGCACCGCCUCCGAUCGUAGCAUCAUCCUUUACGAUAUGCGGGGUUCUGCUCCUCUGCGUAAGGUUGUUAUGGAAAUGAGAAGCAACACAGUGGCCUGGAACCCACUCGAAGCGUUUGUCUUCACUGCAGCUAACGAGGAUUCAAAUCUUUACACAUUUGACAUACGCCGAUUCAAAGAGCCAAUCAACGUGCACAUGGAUCACGUGUCUGCCGUCCUCGACGUAGAUUACUCACCCACGGGACAAGAAUUUGUGAGCGGCAGUUAUGACAAGACGAUAAGGAUUUUUGAGCGGGAUUCUGGGCGAAGCAGGGAGGUCUACCAUACCAGCCGAAUGCAACGCGUAUCCUGUGUGAGGUUUAGCGGGGAUUCCACUUAUGUACUUUCUGGAAGUGACGAGACAAAUAUCAGAAUAUGGAAAGCUAAUUCUUCACAAAAGCUGGGAGCGCUUGCACCACGAGAAAAAGCAGCUUUCAGUUACAAUAUAAAGUUGAAAGAGAGGUUUAAACAUCAUCCCCAGCUGAAGAGAAUUAAAAGACAUCGCCAUGUUCCCAAAGCGGUUUUUAAGGCAGCCAAGGAAAAGAAGAUAAUGAUGGCUUCUAUAAAGAGGAAGGAGGAGAACAGACGUAUUCAUAGUAAGCCAGGAAGUGUGCCUCGUGUUGCGGAAAGAAAGAAACAUGCUGUUUCCGUCGUUGAAUAAGCAAGCAAACAAAGAAAGGUGCGCUGAUAAGUAUUUACAAGCAUGGCGGAUCCUUGAUCAGGCGAUUGCAACAGAGGAACGUGAAGUACAUCAACGCAAAUCACUUGUGACCUGUGACACAAUUCCGAUAUAGUGUAUAAAAGGAAACGUUUCGAGCUUCUUUUUGUACGAGAAUUUGCGGAGUUAUGAGCGAUGAUUGUCGGAAAAAAACUCCUGGACCGAAAUUUACCGACUUGUUAAAGCAGAAUAUCGGAUUUUAUUUUAUUUUGUUUUAUGAAUUUGGCGAGGAAUGA